GCGUGCGGGGCGCGAACCUUGUCAUUCUCAUCAGCUUUUGGAUCCAAAAGCAUUCGCGAGCGGCGCACAAAUCGACGCGAGCCGCUGCCUCUGCCACCCGGCCGAAGCCAUGCGGCCACAGGGCGAAGCAAUUGCCACCGGGAUUCUCGGUACGCGUGAUGGGCUGGCUCAGCCAGGUGAGUUUGCAGCAAGUGCCACAGGGCUGCCCCGGUAGACCGCAGCGCCCGUGAUGGCCGCCGAAGCGCCUGCCGCCGCCGACGCGACCCGCGAAGAAGUGAAGGCCGCCGAACCGCCUGCCGCCGCCGACGCGACCCGCGAUGCCGAGCAGCCGCCUGCAACCGGGUCGAGCGGGACCGCGGCCCUCGAGGCGUUGAAGGACCUGCCGCCCGGUAUCAAUGGCGUGGCCCUCGGCUGCGCGGCCUUCGCCAACUUACUGCAUGUGCUCUACCCGAACCCUGUAGUGGUCGUCGCCGCCUCAAUGUCAGCAACGUUAUGGCUCCUCUUCCUCGCGUCGAGACUGGCCGCGCCGCACCGUAUCCUCGAGGAGGCCGCGAAACCGCGCGCGUUUUUCACGUAUGGCGCCUGGGAGAUGGCCUUCGCGUUCUCCUGGGCGCGGCUGCUACUACCCUGCGAGUUUGGAGCCUACGCCGCCGGCUUGCUCCAGCUCAUUGUGAUGAUUGUCUUCCUAAAAACCUGCUGGAAGGAGGGCGCGGCGCCGGAGCCGUACUGGAACCCCGUGUGCAUGUCGUGUGCCGCCACUACCAUCGUCGCGGCGCCGUGCCUGGGCGCCCGCCACUGGCUGCCCAUGGGGUCGUUCGCGCUUGCUCUUCUGAUCUGCGUCAUAAUAGCGCCGCCGGAGGCGUAUGCCGUUUUACGGGAUGUAAAAGUGAGCCCCCACGCGGACGUGGCUUUACUUGCGGCGCCGUGCAGCAUCUCGGCGGCAGCCUUUGCGGCGAUGAAGGCGUCACGGGAGAUUGUCUUGUGGACCCCGGCCUGGGACGCCUGGGUCGGCGGCGUCCUCGCGGGCCUUGCGACGCUCUACGCGUUUUUUACCGUCUGCGCGGUCGGGCGGCGCCGCGCCACCAUCAAGCCCUUCUCGCUCGUCUGGGCCACGAUGACCUUUCCCUCGGCCAUCACCUGCGUCGUCUGGCUCCAGUACGCCCCCAACGUGUACUUGCUCUGGGCGGCGCGCGCCGUCGCGGUGGUCGAUCUUGUAUUUAUCUUCGCGGUCGUGGCCGGGUGCGGGCGCCUCGCCGUCGACGAGUGGCGGAAGCGGCGGGCUGCUCCAGAAUUAUCGUUGAGUCGUGUUGUGUAAUCGCGUUCGUUUGUCUCUUUUUUUUUCCCGUGUUUUUGGGUUUUGCUGGCUGCGAG